UCAACUUACCAACAUGUCCUGCUCAGAAGAUAUCAAGACCGUCAAGCUCUCCAACGGAAAGACCGCAAAGGUUCACACCCAUCUCUUCAUUAACAACGAGUUUGUUCCUGGUCAUGGUCCUUUGAUCGAGACAAUUAACCCUGUCAAUGAAGAAGUUAUCUGCUCUGUUCACUCAGCUAACGAGGCUGAUGUCGAUGCUGCUGUCAAGGCAGCUCACGAGAGCUUCAAGAACACCUGGCGCAAGGUCGCUCCUUCUGAGAAGGGUCGUCUCUUGAACAAGUUGGCAGACUUGAUGGAGCGCGACAUUGAUGAGAUUGCUACUCUCGAUGCCCUCGAUAACGGAAAGGCUUUCUCUGUUGCCCGUGACGUCGAUGUCACUGACUCUAUUGGAUGUUUCCGUUACUUUGCCGGUUGGGCUGACAAGAUCCACGGCAAGACUAUUGACACUACUUUUGACAAGAUGUGCUACACCCGUCACGAGGCUCUUGGUGUUGUUGGUGCCGUGAUUCCCUGGAACUAUCCCACAAUGAUGGCUGUGUGGAAGUUUGCCCCUGCAUUGGCUGCCGGAAACUGCAUUGUCAUGAAGACCUCUGAGAUCACACCCUUGCCAUUGUACAAGUUCGCUGAACUUGUCAAGGAAGCUGGUUUCCCCGCUGGUGUUGUAAAUAUCAUCACUGGAUACGGCCAAACCACUGGUACUGCCUUGUCUACGCACCCUCUUGUCAGCAAGAUGGCUUUCACUGGCUCUACAGUUACUGGUCGCAAGAUCAUGGAGGCUUCCUCUACCUCAAACCUUAAGAAGCUCCAGCUCGAGUUGGGCGGAAAAUCCGCUCAGAUCGUCUGUGCUGACGCCGACCUCAAAAACGCCGCUGUUUGGGCAUGUGGCGGUAUAUUCAACAACCACGGUCAGAGCUGCAAUGCUGGUUCCCGUAUUAUUGUCCACGAGUCUGUUCACGAUGAAUUCUUGAAGUUGUUUACAGAAGAAGCCAAGAAGAUCAAGUUGGGAGAUCCCUUUGAGUCUGAUACCUUCCAAGGACCUCAGAUUAGCAAGGGCCAGUUUGAUAAGAUUUUGGGAUAUAUUGAUAUUGGUCAGAAGGAAGGUGCCAAGAUCCACCUUGGCGGAAAGCGUUGGGGUACUAAGGGUUACUACAUCGAGCCCACUAUUUUCAUCAACUGCAAGAACAAUAUGCGUAUCAUGAGAGAGGAGAUCUUUGGUCCCGUCGUAGCUAUUGGUACCUUCAAGACUGUUGACGAAGCCAUCGAGAUUGCCAAUGAUUCUGAGUAUGGUUUGGCUGGCGGUGUCUACACAAAGGAUCUCGAUACUGCUAUCCGUGUUUCCAAUGAGGUACAGGCUGGUACCGUCUGGGUAAACUGCUUUGAUGUGUUUGACCAGUCAACACCUUUCGGUGGCUACAAGCAGUCUGGUUUUGGAAAGGAGCUCGGCAAGUAUGCUCUCCAUGAAUACACUCAGGUCAAGGUCGUCAAGAUGCUGAUCAACCUUUAAAAUUUUAAAAUAAUGUACAACUUAUCCACCCCCCCCCCCCCCC